AUGAAGGAAUAUCGUCAUCUGGGACAUAUGUCGGCUGUGCCUGCUUCCGAAGUCAGCUCGUGCCGAUACUUUUUACCACUUUUUAAUCACUGCGUCAUAAAGGAGGACAGCUCUACCACCAAGCUUCGCGUUGUCUUUAAGGGAUCAGCUGCCCCUUCCACCGGUUACUCGCCUAACGAUGUGUUAAUGGCCGGCCCGGUCAUCCAGCCCAAGCUAUUUCACAUUCUAAUUCGAUUUCGCUCACACCCAGUUGCCGUUACAGGAGACAUAUGUAAAAUGUACCGAUGUGUAAGGGUCUCGCAGGAGUAUUUGCAGUGCAUUGUCUGGAGGGACUCCGCGUUCGAUGACCUUCAAGAAUACAAACUCGACACAGUUACUUACGGCACCAGACCAGCCUCCGUAAGGGCUGUGCAACAGUUAUCAAUCGAUGAGCAGGCAACGUUUCCCAUUGGAUCAGAAAUCCUUCGGCGCGAUUUUUACGUGGAUGAUCUUAUCUCCGGCUCCGGCACGGAUGCUAUCAGCAUAAUGCAGCAGACGGCUGGCAUUCUUGCGAAGGGCAAGCUCAAGCUCAGGAAAUUGUCCUCUAACAUUCCGCUUUUGCUGGAGGGUGUGCCCGCCGAGGACAAGGAGUCGUUCCUGAAGUUUGAAGAUGGUAGCGAUUUCAGCAAAACUUUAGGUCUCGCUUGGGAUCCCGCCUCCGACCAGCUAUUGUUUUCGUUCUCUGUUUUUCAGUCGCCAUCGAGACCCUGCAGGCGCACUGUUUUGUCUGCGCUUGCUAAAUUUUACGAUCCCCUCGGCCAGGCGAUUCGAAGUCCACGCGAGAGGCUGUCGGUGGCAAUCGCGGAGAGAGAGUCAGACUUUGCUGAGGAGGAUAUUGACGGUUUCCUGAAGUCGGAGUUGGCUGAGUUGGGAAGAGGACAAGGGACGUCGACAGUGGCGGUGCACAAAAUCACGAUGAAAGACGAUCAAACGGUCAAACAGCGAUACUACCCGAAAAACACGAAGAUGCAGGUGGAGAUCAACGCCAAGGUCGACUAG